CAUGACAUAUAUAUAUAGAUAUAUAUCAGUGCAUAUGCAUCGCUUCACUGUGAAGUUACAUUAUGGCUUCGAAGGUUUUUUACUAGCGCGGUGUCAAGGGCAGCAAAUAUUUGCGUUCAUUGCGAAUAAUUGCAAUGUGUUGACUUACGCCCAAGGCUCCCCAAACUUCCACGUAUUUGUUGCUGGGAAGACCCAUGAACAAACGAAUUAAAGCAAAAAGGGGCUACGUGAAGUGUAAACUUACCCAACAUAGUUCUUUUUAGCCACUUCAUUUUUCUAUGGUUCAAUUCAGCGUAAAUUCGUCAGAUAAGGUUCGGAUGGAAGGAUUUUUGCGCUCAGUUCAUCGUCAGCGAUCAGUCGAGUCAAAGAAAUGCUGUUAAAAUUGUUCGUCUUGGAACAAAGAUUUUGUACAUAUUUUUAAAGAUUUUAUUGAGAGGUAUAUUUAAAACAACUCGCGUCCUUAUAUGUGCUUGCUAUCAAAGUAUUUUAUUAUUUUUUUUUUAUUAAAAAAAAUUGAGUAUCUAAAAUAUCUUAACGAAGGAAGUAUGAAACAAGAAACAACAUAGACAUUGAAUAUUAAAAUUCUGCAUUCCAACAAAAUAUAAUAACAAAUUUUUACGAAAUAUUUUGUGCCUAUAAUGAAUCCUGUGCGAAUAAUAAAAAUAUUCUUAAUAAAACUGGUUUAGAAAAAAAAAUAGAAAUAUUCGCGAAUUAAAUACAUUGUGAAAGGAAGUUUUUGUCUUUUGCUUAAAUUUAAACUGCAUAAAGUUUCAACAAAAUCGGUUCAUAACAUAUCCUGGCGUUAUGUAACGGCGCACUAAACGCGUCCUUCCCCCUAUAUUAUCCUCCUCGCCUGGGAAGACAGCUCCUCCCUCCCAUCUCCUUUUCAACAUCGUAAAGCGUUACAAGUUUUCUAAACGCACUCUCUUGUGUGAAUAAUAAAACAACAUUUUGAAACUAAUAUUUUCCGGGAGAUCUCUCGAAAAAUCUGUGACCUAAUUAAAAAAAAAAAAUUAAAAAUGAGAAGAUGAUUGCCCAAGUUUGAUUGUGAACCGUGUUUUGGAGAUUUCUAAUCAUGCGCUGUGAAUGGGUGGUGUUUGCCUGCGCAUUCGUCAUACAAGCCACGUUCAUAGUGUCUCAUCCUGCUCUCUUGCGAAACAUCAUCUGCCAGUCGUACCUCUUACGGCGAGUGAGAUUGGUGGAAGUAUGGUACUCAGCACUCCUCAACGAACUAAACAGAGUUAGUUUUGGUGAGCAAACGCCGGAUUGGCAGUCACAAGCGGAGGCCACUCGCAAACUCCAGUCUGCGAAACAGAGAUGCCUCGCAUCGAUGAACGACCGGAGAAGUGUGGAAGAUGCAAGGACAAACAUUAGAAGUUCUUUUGAAAACUACAAGCGUGAGUGCUCGGAAAUCCUGGCUAUCAUCAGGAAUCUGAGUGCUGUUCAAAACCGACAGUUGCGAAUCGUGCCGACCGUCCAGGUAAAACUAAAACCACCAAAAGGUAAAAGUCCCGUCAAGACUAUGAGAUUUCAGCACCGGAUCAUGCAUUUGGAAGAAGGGGGGGGGGGAACUUCUAAAAUCUCAACAAGUGCUUUCGUUUUCAAACCUCAAAAUGUUUAG